AUGUCCAAAUCCAGCAAACGGCUGGCGACUAAGAGAACAAAGAAGGUCGGUAUCACUGGUAAGUUCGGUGUCAGAUAUGGUUCUUCCUUGAGAAGACAAACCAAGAAGUUGGAAGUUCAGCAACACGCCAAGUACGACUGCUCCUUCUGCGGUAAGAGAACCGUCAAGAGAGGCGCUGCUGGUAUCUGGACCUGCAAGGCUUGCAAGAAGACCGUUGCCGGUGGUGCUUACACGGUUUCCACCGCCGCCGCUGCCACUGUCAGAUCCACCAUCCGUCGUUUGAGAGACAUGGCCGAGGCUUAA